AUGAUUGUUGAAAUACAGGAGGAGGUUAGAGGGAAGAGGCCUUUCAAGAUAUGGGACAGCUCUCGGAACGUAAGAAAGGGGCUGGUCGUCACUAGCUUCGAGGAAUUAAUACACAGAGGCAAGGAGAAGCUAUCGGUAGCGGCGAGCGAGCCGGUGCGGCUGGUGCUCGAGAGCGACGGCACCCAGGUCGAGGACGGCGAGUACUGGCGGACGCUUCCGCCCAAUACAGUGCUGCUUCUGCUGCGGCCAGGGGAGCGAUGGUACCCAACUGGAGUGGACGUCAUCAAGGCCGCGAUAUCGGCAAUCCCGAAGAUAGUAUGCGAAACGAUCCACGCUCUCGAGCUGCACGAUGAGACGCCUUCAUGGAAGAUCAUGGACAACAAGGGUCGCGUCACGGUGGUGCUGCACUGGGACCAGCGGCCGCAGCCGUCGCCCGCCGCCCGUUCGCCGUCACGGCAGGCCAAGCCCGACCGGCGCCCCUCGCUCGUGAUCCAGACGUCGCUGGAGCGGCCGCAGCCGCCGCCGCCCCACAUCACAGUCGUCAACCACGACGAGCCGGCGCCGGCGCGCGCCCGCCUCGCCCGCUCCGCCGGCUCCCUCGAGCAACACGUGCACACGGCCGACUGCCGCGCCCACGCGCCCCCCGUGCACGCGCCGCCCCACGCCGCCCACGCCGCUCACGCGUCCGCGCACGCCGCCCACUCGUCGGCACAGCAGCCCGCGCGCCCGCCGCCCGACGAGUGCGACUUCCACUGCUGUGCCCUGCACGAGGAGGGCCGCCGGAUCGCCGUGCACAAGAGCGUCGCCACCUCACCGAUACAGGACGCGCAGCCGCGCGCCUCGCCGCAGGGCCGCCCCAAGGGCCACGUGCGCUUCCUCGACGCGGAGUCCGCCCGCCGCGGCGACCGCGACUCCUCCGAGAGCGAGACCGAGAACACGCUCGUCGAGGACGAGGCCGUCACCUCGGAGAAGUUCCUGCUGCUAAUAGACCAGCUGAGCGUGGACCAGAAACGGCACCUCACGAUAAAGGACAUCGGCAUCAUCCUCGAAAGACUGAGCUCCAAGAUACUCGACGUGGAGAGGCUCGACCGGGAGUCCGAGUCGGAUGACUGCUACAACUGGACGAUCAAGGCGACCAUCCGCGGCGACGCGCUGCGGGAGCUGGGCGUCAUCUACAACGGGAACUACGUACGCGAUCAGCGAGCACCCCGGCUACCGGGAGGAGAACGAGGAGGCCGGCGACGAGGGGGAGGAGGAGGAGGAGGAGGACCGACUCUGAUCGGGCCUGUGCGGCGCCGCCGCGCCCGCCGCUGCCGCCGCGCUGCGCCUCGCGCUCUGCCGGGCGGCCCGCGUCGCCGCGCGCUGAGCGCCGCACUCCGCGCCUCCCCCCGCUCUGCAGCACGCGCGCCCUCGCACGAGGAGAGUUGCCUCGGCACAGAUGCCGAAACGCUGACACAAGAACCUACCGGGGACGGUUUUCGACUGCGACGACUUCCAAUUCGG